AUGGCCACGGUGCUUCUGGCAGUCUUGGCCCUGAGGUUCCUCCCCGUCUUGGGAGACCAGGGGGCUGAAGAGUGCCUCUUGCAAAUCCAUGGCUUCACCACGUCUGGGCAACUUGACCUGGGCCCCACAGGUCCAUCGCCGCCCCCGUCGCCCUCUUCUCCCCCAUCGCCUUUCGAGGUGAUGCAGAAGCCGUGGACAGACAAGGGCAUCCAUUUCCCGCAGUGCCCAGGCCCGCAAGGCCCUCCCGGCUCGCCCCAGCCCCAGGCCCAAGGAGCCCAACCCUGGCCUGUGCUGCUUGCGGAGCCCCAAAUGCCGCUGCCUCCUAAGAAGCCGCAGUGUCCUCCGGGCUCGACACUCAUUGGAGACUUCCAUGAGGCUUCCUACUCCUACACCUGCUGCGAUGCAGGCCAACAGUGCGGAGGCUGCUCUUCCGUGAUCGAUGGCAAGUGCGCCCGGUGCGCUGCAGGGUAUGUGAAGCAAACCAUCCCGAUUAUCGACAAGACCAAAUGCUUUCUUUGCGAUGACGUGGCGGGCUGGAAGGAUGCAGCGGGGCGCAGUUGCGAGGACUACGCUGCCGUGUGCAAUGGCAGCUGGCCGGAACCGUCGCUCGAUGUGGCAUUUGGAAAGCUGAGGCCCAGUGAGGCCUGCUGUGCUUGUGGCGGCGGGAGCCUUUAUCCCACUCCAGUAGAUCUGCCACUCUCCUCGGCUGUCCUCUACAACAAUCAGAAGGUCGACCAGGCCUGCUCCCUCGCGGGCCUGGAGCUGUCCACCACUGGCCGCAUCAACGGGACAGUGACCGAGGCCCUCCAGUGCAGCAUCACCUUUAUCCAAGAUCCCAUUCGCGGCAUCUCCUUCCCGGUCUCCCUGGACGUGACGGUCUCUGAGUUCUCCUACGGCAGCCCGGUGCUCAUGUUCAAGGCGGCAUGGGGCCUGGAUGACAUCGAGGCGGCAGAGGCCACGAAGAACCCCAGGCGCGGCACGACAGCUGAACUGAGUGAUUUCGAGCUGGCGUGCGAUCCUGCCUGUUCCUGGUUGUCCAUCGAUGCAAAGACGGGCGAGCUGAAAUCCGGACGCAACGCAUGGACACAGCAGGGCCUCCCGCCCGACAUGUGGGGCGCGGUGCAGGGCUUGAAGGGGGGCACCUCAGAGUGCGAGACGGUGCAGGCAGGCAGCUACGACGGCGACGUGGAGGCCGAGGUGGGCAGCCCCAUUGUCCCCGUGCAGCUGCGCGAGGCAUUGGGUCCGGGCCUCCGCUGGUACAAGCGGCCGGGCCACCAGCUGAGCGCCCCCGUGAUCCAAGACGCCGAGGGCCGGUCCUUCGUGGUGCCCGCGGCCGUGGCUUCCUGCCCGCAGAUGUCUGCUUCGGCCUUUCCUGGAGCAUUGUCUGGGCUUGGGCGCUUUGUUGAGGUUCCCAGCAUCCUGGACGUCCGGUGCACCGCGCCCGGCGUGAAACUCACCUGGUCUCGGAUCACCGGUGACGUCUCUUUUGCGGGCGAGGUGGCCUUCAACCUGGAUCCGGACAGCGGCUCCGUCUCCGGGACGCCAGGCCUGGGCCUGAUGCAGGCCGCAGGGCGUGCGCGCCUCGACGUGAGCUGUCUCGUGGCUCUUGGAGGCCCCUUUUGGGCGCGUGUUCCAGCGGUCCUCCCCGUGGCCACCAUCAACAUUCAGCUUUUGGACAACGUGUGCUGGGUCCCGGGGCACCUGCAUUUCCAGCUCCACUGGCACAAGUUCAGCUGCGACCAGCUUACCGCUAGUGCCCUACAGCAGUCCAUGGGCUCGGAAGUCGCCUCACACCGCCGCAGACGUCGCCACGAGCACAGACGCCGACGCGAGCACCCCAAACAUCCUUGCAACAACAGCCACGCCUAUCACUCCUGCUUGCAACAGUGCCGCGAAACACCAAGCUGCAGUGCGGUAUAUUUGGCUGACGGUGAAUGCUGGGUGCAAGCCAGCAACGGCAAGCACGUGGAACAGAAAGACGACAAGGAGGGCCGGAUGCUUGAUUUCAGUUCAGAUGAGUCAUAUUGCGCGCAUUUUGUGCAUAUUGAGCAUUUGCGAGCCGAGAGAGAUCAGCCUGUCGAGCCAAGGCUGCUUAUCCGCGUGGACAACUGUUCCCAGAAAACAGCCGAUCUGCUGCUUGAAGCGCCACAGGCCCAGCUCGUCGCCGGCAUUUACAGCCCCAGCGACGACUACCACAAUUCCGUCUCCUACUCCCGCGCCGGGGUUUGGGAGUGGAAGCCGAGGUUGUGCCAGAACGCCAACUGGUUCUUGCUCCUGCCACUGCCUUACAUCCUGUUCACGUCGCCUGCCCAUGCCAACGACGUGCACCGUUCUCUGCCGAGACAGUGUGAGGGCUCUCACUGGCUGUUGGCCCACGCGAACAGCUCCGACUUCACAUCAAGUGCCACUGUGCCGCAGUACUACGGCGAGGUCAUGGCCUGCAUACAAGGAGACGUGGUGAAUGAAACCUUCGACCACGGCGUUGCCAAUUUCAGCCUCGAGUUCCUGCACGCCGUGGUUGAUGACCCCAUGCAGUUCGAGCGGCCUGCGGCCAAGCAGGAGGCCAAUCUUUCCAUCUCCGCUCCCUCGUGCUCCAAGCCGCAGAGCUCCUCGGAGCUCUUGUAUGGCAGCGUCCAGGCUUCGCAAUUGUACUCCCUCUCGGCAUGCGAGUGCUUCGGGGAAGCCUACGCCAGCACGGACCCAGUCGAUCCGGAUUCCAAUGCAGCCGUCCCACGAAACGUGGACCGAGCCUUCAACGUGAACCCGCUCAAGGACCAGCUGAUCUUCACUGGUCCCUAUACCUGUGAGGAAAACGCUGGGGACUCAGCAGAGGCCGUGAUGUCGACGAUCCAGGGCUUUGAGCUCCAGGAGUGCAAGCAGGCCUGCCACGAGCAAGAUGGCCAGUGCCGGUUCUACCUUUUCGAGAAGGCGUCGCAGGUUUGCAGCCUCUUCUCCGCUUGCGAUGCCAUGCAGUACGUCGGCCUGGACCUGUCGAACGAGCUGUGGGGACUCGCCGGGGUUGGCGAGUACGCUCGUGACUACUGCCGCAUCGCGGACCCGCAGGGCUGCUGGGAGGACGUCCUUCGCCGGCGCUAUCUGAGCCCGGAGCCCUCGGACUUGCCGCGCUGUGCCUUCCAGGCUCAGCUCGAGGCCUGCGACGCACUUCAGCUGCUCUCAGGCGAAGCAUCCGGCACCUGCACCAGGUGCGAGUAUCUGCCUGCAGAUCUAUCGGAGGUGAAAGCAUCCAUGGAGAAGAUCCCGCUGCCGGAGGAGUUUCCGGCGGGCUCCCAGAUUCAGGUGAGCUGCAACGCCACGUCCCGUAUGUUUGCGGGCGUGCUGGGCCCACUGCCGAGCACGGUCUUCACCUGUGUGGGUGGCGACUGGGUUGGCGAGGGCUGGCAGGACUUGGAGAACCUGACGUGCCAGCAGUGCGUGCAGGUCGGGACCGAGAGUCUCCAGAGGCUCACGAACGUCUCGCAGGGCGCCGCCUAUCUCCUGGCCCAGAGGCGCAUCCAGGCCACGUACGGCAGCAGCAUACCGGGAUGCGAGUCGGCGUCGCUUCCCACGGCCGCCAACCUCGUCUCCAUGGUGACAGGCCGGACGCUGCAGGUGGAGAAGGACCGCAAUGUGAUCCUCGCUUCACCGCGACAGGGCACACUCUGGUGGAUUGAUGCCGAGACGGGCACACUCCGACUGAAGUCGCCCUUGCUCAUGGGAGGCAGCUGGUGCCUGUGCUUCCACCACACUCUUGAGGCCUGCAAGUGCGAGCCUGAAAACGGCUGGACCCUCGACGGACUGGGUCGGCUGAGCAAUCAGAGGUCCCAGUGCGUUUGGGAGCAGAAUUGCACCGCGCAGGUGGUCACAUGCCCCCAAGAUCUGCAGACAGGGAACCGCUGGUACUUUGACGGCGGCAACUGCGUUCUGAAGAUGGCCAUGGUGGACACAGCAGAGCUCACAUGGAACGUCUCCGUGGAGGCUGGAUCCAGCCUGCUUCUGGCUGAGAUCACCCAAGACUUGACUGGCAUCGGCUCCUUCCGCAUCCACAAUGACAAGUUCCCGGAGUAUUCCCUGUCUGUCCAGCCCGACGGCGCAGUAGUCGCUUCGUACAAGUCGGAUUUCCCGUGGCUGAAGCAGGGGAGAAAGAUCUUGUACUCCGACCUUGGGAUCGACAAGUAUUUGCUGGGACUCAACAACGGAAGCCUCCGCCUGGGAAAUGCCACACAGGCGAAUGGAUUUGAGGGGCAGUGGACCUGCGACCAAGAUAAUGUUCUGAUGAGGGCUGCGCACCUUGGGCCCUCCGGGUGCAUCCAGGGGCCGAUCCUCUCCUGCAUCAACCUGCUUCCGUACGAGAAGAGGUAUCUUUAUGCUCCGGUGGCUACACCAUACCAGACGUAUUGCAAAGAUGGUCAAUGCCUUGCAGGACCUGCAGUAUUUGAGCUGGAAUGCCCAGGCCCAAGCGGAUUUCUACGUGGCUGGAGGAGCCCGUAUGAGAAAAAUGGAAACCGUCUAGAGUGGAAGUUCAUCAAUUUCGACUGCCUUGUAUGGCCGAACGAGUGCCUGGAUCAUUCAGGAGGGGCCUGGCAUUGGGAGUCGCAGUGCACACACCACUCGGUGACGGCGGCCAUCCGAAGUCUCGAUAGUGUUGCAAUGAGCGAAGCUCUGUACCAGGUUGACAAGUCCGUCUCCUGUGCUCACCCUACAGCGAUGUCGAAGAUUUCCUUCAACAUCUCUGCACCCAGUUCAACAUUGACAUUUCACUGGACAUGCUGCGCCACGACACCUGGCGUACUCUCGAAGACUGUGACCGUGCUCGGAAUGAAUUGGUUUGAUGAUGCCGAGUUGGCCGGGGUAACCACGCCCACGUGCCCUGAUCACCACGUUGUGGUGGGGUUUGGGCAAUAUUCUGCGGAAGUGUAUUGCGGACAUCUUGCGGCGCCAGCGGGCCCCGAAAUCACUAUCGCAGAAUUGGGCCACCCAACCUUCCGCCCGCUGCUCUUGUUUCCAGAGCAAACCCGCGGAAAGUGUUCCGAGUACAAUCGGUGGUUUUGCGGAGGAAUGCGAGGGGUGCCGCUGGGCACGUGUGAGGCAGAGGUCUUCGUGGAGACGCCAUUCACCGCUGCGUUUGCAAAAGGCAAGGGAGCCUGCGUGUCCGUGACCGGAAGCCAGCCCACUCACGUUGUGAAGGUUUCAGAUGAGGUCAAGUGGCGGUGCGGUACUAACGAUGCUUGCUUUGCCUUUCAGAGCGACGGCUCGGACGUUGGGCCCGGAUCUCUCUUCAUGGAGGCAGUGAAGGCAUCUGGAGGUGAUGGCGACUGCUCCGUGAAAACUGUGAGCUCGUGGUCAGCGGAAGCAGAGUCCGUGCCGCUGACCCUCGCAGUCCAGGACAGGGGCCUCCCACGAGCUACGCAGGAGGCCUACAACGCCACCAAGGUCAUCGAGCUAAGGAGCAGCGAAGAGGUCGAUUCCCAGUUGCUCUUCAGCUGCAUGCCCGAUGCGAUCACCAGUGAUGCCCCAGUGUCGUGGCCGCCCUACGUCCGCUGUGGCAUUGCCACCAUGAGACUCAGGGACCUCACAGGUGCAGUCGGGGUGCGUCUCGGUUCAAAGUACAAGCUCCAUGUGCUUGGUCUCUCAAUUCCAGCCCUGCUUGCAGUGUCAUCCGUGCCGGUUCUGCAGUUCUGCAGGUACGAGGGCAGGAAGAGCAAGACCUCCUUCUUAAAUCGAGCCAUCAAGAAGACCUGCGCCUCCCUCGUGAAAGCUACAAGCUCGAACGCAGGCGAUGCCAGCAUGACGGGCAUGAAGCUCUUAACACUCCUCCAGGGCCAGAAGUACUUCAGCACCAGCAUGGGAGACCCACAGCUGCCUCCUUUCAACCAGUCCGGGAACACCCACCCGUGGCUGCUCGGGCACGGCAGCUUGACGCGGCUUGGCAAGAUCACGUGGGGGCUCAAUUGCCCGGAAGGUGCCAUCGUGACGAGCAGCCCCACCACGCAGCCACACUGCCUGCAGGUAGGGGCGGGCGCCCAGACCUGGAUUGAGGUGCUUUCCGGCUCGGCCUUGUGCCCUUCAGGCAGCGCCGUCUCGGGCUGGUACAACCUCCCUGGCGAGCCGGUGCAGGGCAAUGGCGCCGGCGGGCCGGCGCAUUUUGUGGGAAUGCGGCUCUUUUGCCGCAAGACGAAUCUGCUCGCCAACUGCCAGCAGCUCAUGAACCCUUCCUGUCAAAAAGGAGAGGUUCUCGCUGGCAUCGGCUACAGCAGCGACAGCAUGAGGGUGAAGUGCUGCAAGCUCCAGCAAAAAGUCGGCCUGCGUCUGAUGCCCCAAGAGCCCCAAGGCAGGAAGGAAGCGCAGAAGGACUUCCAAGGCUACUACUGCCCUACCGGCAUCGACAGCACCGGCGCGCCCUUCUACACCAGGACUCUGAUCCGCGCGCUUGGCAAGCUCCAUGAGUCCGGAGCGAAUGCCACGCUCAGCUGGGACAAGUGGACAGCCGAGUGGCAGGUGCGGGUCAACCACACCGUGGUCAGCUCCUUCCGCAGCGACGCAGUCCUGCCCGCGGAGAUUGACUUCUCGUCGGGGGACAAGUUCUCUGCGGUCCCCAUCGUUCCAAUGCCAUCCUUCGCCAAGAAGCCUCCGCCUGCCAGCCCCUUCCCCCAGCACCCGCCGACCUUCCCGAAGCUGCUGAAGUUCCACCCGGUGCAGCCCGACUACAAGGCGUACUGCGACCCCACCUUCCUCCAGAACCCAGCGCUCUUCUCCGGCAGGGUGGAGGAGGGCAACCCAUGUUACCACACCUUCAAUGCGGAGAAGCCAGUCCAAGGCCUUCCCAAAGGCAUCACGGAGGAGGACUUCUGGCAGGCGAGCGGCCGCUCCCAGACGCGUCAGUACCUCUUCGCCCACGCGGCCUCUGAGCAGAACAAGCUGGAGAAUUGGGUGCAGAAGGAGAUCGGCAAGCCGGGGCUCCAAGAUGCCGCCGACAUCGCGGCGCUGGUUGCGGCAGUGGCCACCGCCAUCCCCUGGGGUAGCUACUCCAGCCCUGCGAGUGCUGCCAAAAAGGUUGCCUCAAAAGAGGGUGAGAAGGUUGCCAAGAAGAUCGUUGAGAAGAAGGUGGUGCAGGCCCUGAUCUCCAAGGCAAAGGCUUUCGCCAGCAAGGUCAAGGGCAUUGCCUCCAAGUCCAUCAAGACAGCCUCCAACGCCUACGCCAAGGCCCAAAAAACGGUGGAUGCGGUCAAAGCUCGCUACGACAAGGCGAAGCAGACCUACAACCAAGUCAAAGGCCUGCCAGGGCAGGCGCAGAAGAAGGUCCAGCAGGGCUUCGGACAGGUGCAGAGCGGGGUGUCGACGGCGGAGGGAGACAUCGCCGAUGCGGAGUCCGUCAUCAAUAACUACUCGCCGAUCAAGAUUCCCUCAGAGUUGCAGCUGAAGAAGAGCGGGCAGAAGCUGCAGGCCAAGACGCUCCCGCAGCCCGCGCAACCUGGCGGAGACAGCUAUGCCAACGCGGAAUCCAAGAGCAAGGCGGAUUACGCGGAUUGGAUGCCCCUGCAGUACGGCCUGUCCAAGGUUAUGUGCGACCUCUUCUGCAUCCACAACUCUGUUACUGCCGGCACGUCGGCGGUGCUCCAGAGUCUGCAGAAGUCCCAAGAGGUGCUCACGACCAACAUUGAGCAGCUGCUGCAUUACCAGACGCAGUACCUCCUCUACAAGAUCGGCUUCCUGCAGCCGCAGACGGCGCUAGAGCUGUCCGAGGCUCCCUCAACAGCAGAGCUCCUGGAGGACUCCGCCGAACCCGGGGCCUUGCAGCACAGGCGCCGGUGCGUAGACCCCCCCCCCCCAAAAAAAAAUGGGCAAAACAAGGAGGGAGCUGAGCAGGAAAGCAUAAAAAAGGGUAGGUACAUAGAGGGUGGGGGGCGGGGCACCUUUAUAUAUAUAUAUAUAUACACACACAUACGUACGUGUGUUUGUGUGCACUUGUAUGUGCAUGAUUGUGCAUGUAUAUGCAUGUGGUGGUAUAUGUAUACCGUACACAUACACGUCUACGUCUACGGCUGUGUAUGUGUAUAUGUACAUAUAUGUGUCUCUUAA